UGUAACCCAGUGUAAAUACAAGAGGAUUGGCUGUCCGUGGCAGGGUCCUUACCACGAGUUGACCGUGCAUGAGUCGGAGUGCUGCCAUCCUACCAAGACCGGGAACGAGCUGAUGGAGAUCCUGGAUGAGAUGGACCAGUCCCACAAGAAGGAGAUGCAGUUGUACAACAGCAUCUUUGGGCUGCUUAGCUUUGAGAAGAUCGGAUACACAGAGGUCCAGUUUAGACCUUACAGAACAGACGACUUCAUCACCCGCCUGUACUACGAGACCCCGCGCUUCACCGUACUCAACCAGACCUGGGUGCUGAAGGCCCGCGUCAACGACUCCGAGAGGAACCCCAACUUGUCAUGCAAGCGAACCCUCUCCUUCCAGCUCAUCCUAAAAAGCAAGAUCAACUCCCCCAUGGAGUGCUCCUUCCUUCUGCUCAAAGGCCCCUAUGACGACGUGAAGAUCCACCCGGUCAUCUACCACUUUGUGUUCACUAAUGAGAACAACGAGACAGAGUAUGUGCCCCUGCCCAUCAUAGACUCUGUGGAAUGUAACAAACUGCUAGCCGCAAAGAAUAUCAACCUCCGGCUCUUUAUAUUCCAGAUCCAGAAGUGAACCAUACUUACCUCAGCCUUGCCCCCCUGUCCAGACCUCCUCUGCCGGGGAGGGACUUAUUUUAAUUGAGUUUGCUUUCCUUUGUAGUUUGCAUGUGUCUGCUGGAGACUGCAGUCCGCCCUCUAUGGCCCUGCGUAGGUUAUGUUUCCUUCUAGGGCCUCCAGCCCCCCCCCUCAUCUUUCUUUCUCCCCUUUACUUUUUGUCAUGGCAGGUAUCAGUAUUUCUGGGUUUGAUGUUUGGCCCGUGUGGUGGAGAGGGAUGGUUGUCCUUUGUAUAUGAUCCUAACGUUGGGUCCUGUUCCAUGUUGGAGUAGAGGGCCCUGCAAUAUGGCUCCAUCAUUGUUUCCAUCCCGCUGGCUGCACCUCAGUGGUCGGCCACUUCUUGUCCAGCUUUUUAAUUUAUUUUGCUGUUGUAGGUAAGGCAUGGGUAAUGGGUGGAUAGGCAGAAGAUACCAUUCAUAUAAUGUGCUGGAACCCCAGCUCUACAACUGCCAUGGCUCCGUACCUGUAAGCAAAGACUCUUUCCCCCCCCCCCCCCCCCACACACACACACACAGACACACGGUGCCCCUGUACGUGUAAGCCAUGGCUCCUCCCCUCCACAUAGUGCCACUGGACCUGUAAGCCAUGGCUCCUCCCCCCACAGGGUGCCCCUAGACCUGGAAGCCAUGGCUCCUCCCCAUACAUAGUGCUCCUGGACCUAUAAGCCAUGGCUCCUCCCCCCACAUAGUGCUCCUGGACCUGUAAUCCAUGGCUCCUCCUGCCCCCAUACACAGUGCCCCUGGAGGGAAGUAAGCCAUGGCUCCUCCCCCACAGGGUGCCCCUGGACCUGUAAGCCAUGGCUCCUCCCCCCCACAUAGUGCCACUGGACCUGUAAGCCAUGACUCCUCCUCCCCACACUGCCCCCCCCCAGUAGUCGCAGCUGUAGUCUGUAGCCUACUUUGUAUCAGCUGGUGGCUCUAAUCUACAUGACAAUGGUUUCCCUCCCCAGACUUCACCCAGUUAUUCACUACAUAGGCUGGUAUUUGUCUACUAAGCUCUGCCCAGGGUACAAUAAGUUUGUAUUAUGCUAGCUGUGAGUUAUGCCUCAUGGGAAAUAACUGAUGAGGAAUAAGUAAUUAAUUUAUCGAGGGCCCCUUUAAGGCCCUAGGUAUAGUGGAGGCUGGAAAUGAACGUUACUGUGGGUCCUGGGCCACAGGAAGAGGGUUGUGAUGUCAGGGGUAGAUGUAAUAAUUGUGAGGGGCACAUGAUGAGUUAACCCCUAUAGGGACAUAUCCUGUAUUAGCACCUCCUGCUGGGACUGUUGUGUGCCGCAUGUUGGCCGCCAUCUUUGCUAUCAGUCUACACUCACACUGCCUUGCUCGUAGAGCCUCACUAUGUUAGUUUUUAUUAGCUGUGAAUAUAAAUGUCCCGGGGCUGGAGCCGAUGCUGGUGAGUGGAGGGUUCGGCUCGGGGUCUAGGUCUCUGUAUGUUUUACUUUGUUUUAUUUUAUGGCUGGUAAAUAAUAAAAAUGGUUCCUGCAAACCA